AUGAAUGCAUGGGUGGUGGCGCAGCUUCAUAGACAUGUUUCCUUUGCAUUUUCUUUGUUGGUUUUGGGGUCGGGGUCGAAAACUAUAGACUACAAGAUACCCCCAAUGAGCCUUCUUCGCUAUAGGUACUGGGUUGGAUAUGUCGGGGUCGCCGAAGACGCUAGGGGGGCGAGGGAAGUGGCUACCCACUGGCAUUGCUUUGUUGAUAUCCGAAGGCGGCUCUGA